CUUCAAGUCAAGGAUCAUUACUUGCAGAGCGAGUUAUUUGAGUUUGGUGAUGGCGGCGUGGAGGAUGCAGCGGCGAUUACUUUCUCUCAUUACAAGCAGCGGCAGGCAACCUAACAUCUCCUUCCGUAACGAUUCAGCGCCGUCUUUUCUUCCUUCUAUUAGUUCAUUCCUUCAUGGUGAACAACUCCACAAAAGCCAAACCCGAGCACUUUCCAAAGCCAGCAAUCUGACUGCGGAAACCGCGAUAAAACAUGAAGCAUCAAGUUCAAAUUCAGUUGAAAACUCAGUGACUAUGAAUCACCCUGCAAUCAACAACAACAAUGAUGUCGCAUUCACUGCUAAAUCUGAACUGAAGAUAUCACCUAGACAUGACCUCGCCAUGAUGUUCACUUGCAAAGUCUGUGAAACGAGAUCAGUGAAGACGAUUUCUCGUGAGUCUUAUGAGAAGGGUGCGGUGGUGGCUCGAUGUGGUGGUUGUAAUAACUACCACCUUAUUGCCGAUCACUUGGGGAUUUUCGGUGAGAAAUGUACCAUUGAGGACAUCUUGGCUGCUCGUGGUGAGGAAGUUAAGAAGGGAAAUUCGGACACUUUGAAUCUUACACUUGAGGAUCUGGUUGGUAUGACAAAAUCUUGAAAAUGCAAUGCGUACGAUUGAUAGAUUGUCGAUAUAUCUUUCCGUAUAUGUUGCUUGAGUUUGUUAUGUUUAUGUUUAAAUCUUGAGAUUAUUAUAUAGUGAUUUGGAAGUUGAUAAUUAGUCCAUUUGAUUUGGAAACUUUUUUUUAUUA